GGUUGGUUGGUAUUUCAAGGCAGGUCUGUUGGUUUGUAAGGCGGUUCAUAUUUGUAGUUCGUCCUUCAGUUUAAAUUGCCUUUUCUCUUCACAUAAGACGCCGAUCAUGCCUUCUUUCAACAAAAACCCUAACAUCAACAUCCUCAAAGAGCCUCGUGGCUUCAUAAAAAUCAUUGAAGUGGCCAUUGCUAUUUUUGCCUUCUCGACAACUGUUGGUUAUCAUGGACACUUUGACUUUUCCAUUUCAUGUAAUAAAACAGUCGCAGUUCACACCGGUGCUGACUUUUCGUACAGUUUUAAUGAAAUCAGCUACUACUUCAGUGACAAUAUUAAGCUUCCAGUGUGUAAAAAUGUUUCAUCAUUGGAUGUCCGCACUCUGCCCUUAAAUUACAAGUCUGAAUCGGAGUAUUUUGUGUUUGUUGGGGUGACCUGUUUCCUUUACGCCAUUGGCGCAACGCUGUACUACAUGUUUGUUGAAAAUCAAGAUCAUGAUGCUGCUUCAACUGAUAUUGGGAUCUGUAACUUCGUGAUUGUGGAUUUUGUUAUCACUGUGGUGUAUGUCAUUUUCUGGUUUACUGCAUCAAUUGCUUGGGCCGCUGGGUUAGAUGGUCUUAAGGAUGCUACCAGUUCCGGUAAAACUUCCCUUCAAUAUCCUGCCUGUAGAAGCUAUAAUUGUAAUCCUUCAACAGGUUCCACGUAUGGAGCUCUUAAUGUGUCCGUGGUUCUUGGAUUCCUGAAUUUCCUUGUUUGGUGCUUCAACAUUUGGUUCUUGUUCAAGGAAACUCCCUGGCACAGCCCACGCAAUCCCACCAACAUACCAGGCAAUGAUCCAGAUGCCGUCACCCAGGAGACACCUCCAGCAUCUUCCAUCUAAGUAAUCAUAUCUUGUGUUUUGAUGGAAACUCAAUUGGUAUGUUGUGUCAAAUGAGCUCAAAGUAUGUUAGUAACAUUUAUCAAUAUAUAAGGUCAAAAAGUGUAUCAAAUGGUUAGUAUAUGUUAAUGUAAAACAUGAACAUGUUAAGUUACUGGCUCUAUCUGAAGGUUGUAGUGUGGACCCUACAGUUGCAACAAUAAUUCUUUUUAAGUUGCCUGGAUGGAAGUAUUCUAUUUGAUUAUAAUGGUUUUGUGUUUGAUUCUGACCUACUGUAAAUGUUGCAUCAGUCUUUUUGGACAAUCAGCAAUCAAUCAGAAUAGAUUUUGUAAAACUGUGAAAGCACACAGUUGACCACACAUUAGGUGCUGUAGCUUAUAUUUUUGUUAUUUCAAUCUAUCAACAAUGUGCAACUUCAGGGUCAUCAACCAAAAAAGUAAAUGCUUUUUACAGCAAUUUACAACAUUAAAUAAACUCUGAAGUUUUCAGCCAACUACUCGUUUUUGGUUUUUCACUGCCACCAAUCCAAAAUGACUAAUUAUUUUGAUUGCAUGCAGUGAAAAAGCGAGUUUUAUAGGGUACUGAGCUUAUGUAACAUCGGCCGAGAACUGCUAUCAAUAUUAACAAAUAACUAGUAAAGAGGUUUUGUGUGAUCACAUGACAGCCGCCAUGUUGGAUGGCAUUCAGGAACCAUGGAUCUUUCUCGUGCGGCAGCCAUGUUGAAGGGAGCAAUAAAUGUUUCUCUGCAUAGCCUCGCAUUCAAGUGUGUCAAGAUGAGGUUCUGCAGGUUCAAACCAGGGUUUUUAUUCUCAUGAAAAUAAACAUGGUGCCGUGUGAUCAAUAUUCAAUACAUUGUUUUGGUGUAAAGAUAAUGUACUCAUUUCAAUAAAGUUAGUUACCUGAAGAGCUAUAAUGUGGAGACCGGCAAGGAUUAUAAGUAGAUACUUUUUACUGGUUUGUACCACUUGAUAACUAUUGAUGGACUUGAGAUCUUUCAUAGUUACUGUUUCAUCUCCUUUGAGCAUCUUCGAGCUGCCACUCGUAUCAAAAGCUGUACUCAUUUGAUAUGAAAUGUCUUUACCCAGGACAAUACUCGCCAGUCUCAGCUUUGUAGUUUUUUAGCGAUUAGCUAUAUCUCAUAAAGCAUAUACACCUAUUUCAAAAAACGUUGUCAGUCAGAGAUCUGGAAUCUGUAAUCUGAUACCAAGUAACAUGCUGCAAGUCAUAUAUAUUUGCAACCAAACAAUGUAGUUUCCUUUUAGAUUGGAAUAUGAAGCAUGACUUUUGCGUUAGAAAUGUGAUAUUUCGUAUUUUAGCCAAAAUAUCUAUAAGCACAUCACACAAAUACUGUGUAGUCUCAGAUUACCCAUUCCAGAUCUCCAACUGACAACAUAAAAUAAAAUAAUGUUGAACACUGUUGAGGAAAAAGAUACUCUAGUUUAACUCCAAUGUCUGUAAAGUUUAUUAUCGUUUUCCUAUACAAUGUUCAAGAAUCAUUCGUCACUUUAGUAAUGUUCUUUUAAUUCAAAAGUUAAUGUUGGCAUAAUCGCGAUAAAUAUAUCAUAUUCAAAUAUUGUUGAAGUGUGAAUUUUUUGAAAAAGAUAGCGUGGAAAACACUGUAAACCUAACCAAACUAAGUAUUAGUUAAUAAGAAUUUCACGCUUAUUGUUAAACCCUUUCCAGGUUCUUUAAUGUUAGAUUGAUUUUUGAUGAAUUGACCUCUUUAGCUUGUGUGUAAUGUUCUUCCAUUUCAAACCACGUGUCAUUCCCUAGAGUAUCAUUUCUUUGUUUAACGGUUGCGCACGAGAAGAAACAAAUAUGGAUACAACUCAAACCAAAACAUCUUCUCUCAAGGGAAUGAAACUUGGUCUGAAAUGGAAAAACAGUACUCCCUUGCUAAAGUAGUCCAUUUGAGCUGAAAUCCUGGAGCUGAAAAUGCUGAGAGAAAAGAAUUUUAGUUUGCUUGACAAACUGUAGCAUUCAAAGAGUUUAACUAGUUUCGUUCCAGGAAUUGGGUUUGUUUUCUUUCGUUUUCAGCCAAGUAUUAUCUUCGUAGCACUGGAUUAGUGUUUAUGUUGAUGUAAUGUCCUGCUUCGUGUCAUUUUAUCUGAAACUUCUCGGAAGUUUCGGGUAAGAUUUUAAAAUUGCAUCGUAAGCAGAUUUUGCAUGAGAAGGCAGAUCACAGUAGAACAAAGAAAAAAUAAGGGAAGAUUGUUUUCGCUUUCAUCAUAAUGAGCAUUUAUCGUGUCAACAACAACUACUACAUAAAUGUCACCAACUGUUAGCUGAAGAUGGCGUUGAGUGAUGAUAAUGGUAACGAUGAUGAGUGUGAUCAUGAUGAUGGUGAUAGUGAAGUUGAUGGUGAUGAUAGUGGUGAUGAUGAUAACGGUUGUUAUCGCGUCUGAUACCCCUACUAAUAUAAAUCCAAUCCUAGUGAUGCCAACUUCUCAACAACUCGUUAAUCAACCUGUAGCAUAAACUUUAUAUAUUAUUUAAGGGUAUGUUAACUUUUCUAGGAGUAAAUAAAGUGCAGUUUUUAGGUUUGA